UCAUCCUUACAUGGCUAUUGAGCGAAAGUAUAUAAAAAUACUAAAUUGGUGUUUUGAUUUUUGACAAUUAAUUUUUGACAACUAUUCAAGAAACGUUCAACGACAUGCAAAAUUAUAAUAUUUGACAAAAAUAAAAAUACCAAAAACAAAAACCUUAAAAGAUGAUAGCUAACUUGUCUCCUCAGCCCUAACUCCUUUGAACCUCUAUGACCCAAAAUUUCCAAAAUUAUUAACUCUCGUUUUUCGUCUCAUUCUUUCUUAGGUCUGUAUCCAUCCCGUUCUGUGCAUCAACGUCCUUCUAUGUGUAUAAGUGUGUGGCGCUUAAUGUAAUGAGCUAUGAACAUCGCUGGCGAAUUGAUCAGAGCAAUCCCUACUCCAUUUCCACCUCUCAAGAUCAAAUCUUUCAGGGAUUCAUUUACGGACGUACCCACAUACGAGUCGCAUGCCUCCACCGUGCGUGCCACGCCGGAAAUUACAUUCUCAGGACCAAGACUCCACAGGUUUAUCGCCGUAUUGUUGCCUCUACUGAUGGUUUAUUACUUCUUGAAGCUUAUAUAUCUGGACAAACAAAGCUUUGUGUUCAUAAUCCUAUUACCGGCCUUCAAAAGUUGUUACCUACAACUUUAAAUCACAGGGAGAUUCUGUGGGGCAAUUUUGUCAUGGUACAUGAUUCUUCAAAUGAAAUAUAUAAAGUGGUUCUUUUUAUUGGUGAUCCAUGCAUUAUCCAUGAAAAGAUCCACAUCAUUACUGUCGACAAUGAUGGUGAUCGGGCAGCCUCGAAUGGAUGGAAUUGAUCAGUCCAUCC